AUGCACUGGGCAAAAAUACUGGGGGUGGGCAUCGGGGUUGCUGCCCUGUUUGGACUGGGGAUCAUCCUGGGCCACUUUGCCAUCCCCAAAGCAACUGACCCUCAGUCCCCCUGCACUUCAGACUCCCAGGACCUGGACCUGGCAAUCCUUGACUCUGUAAUGGGACAACUAGAUGCCAGCAGGAUCCGAGAGAACCUUCGAGAACUCUCCAAGGAGCCACAUGUGGCCUCCAGUGCUCGGGAUGAGGCCCUGGUUCGUCUGCUGCUGGAACGCUGGCAGGAUACCGAAACUGGCCUAGACUCAGCCAAGACCUCUGAGUAUAAGGUCCUGCUCUCCUUCCCCAGCCAAAAGCAGCCGAAUAUUGUGGAAGUUGUGGGUCCCAAUGGAAUGGUCUUCCACUCCUUCCAACCUGGAGAAAAAAAUCUGACUGGGGAGCAGGUGGAGCCCAAUGUGUUGCAACCUUAUGCUGCCUAUGCACCCCCUGGGGCCCCAAAGGGCCUGCUCGUCUAUGCCAACCGAGGCUCAGAAAAGGACUUCGAGGAUCUGGAGAAGUGGGGCAUCAACCUUGAAGGCACAAUUGCCCUGACUCACUAUGGGGGUGUGGGACGUGGAGCCAAGGCCAUUAAUGCUGCCAAGCAUGGAGUGGUUGGAGUGCUAGUGUACACAGACCCUGGCGAUAUCAAUGAUGGGAAGAGCUUGCCCAGUGAAACCUUCCCCAACUCCUGGGGCCUGCCUCCCUCUGGUGUGGAGCGAGGCUCCUACUAUGAGUAUUUUGGGGACCCUCUGACUCCCUACCUUCCAGCUCAUCCCUCUUCUUUCCGCUUGGAUCUUAACAACAUCUCUGGAUUUCCCCCAAUUCCUGCCCAGCCCAUUGGCUUUGAGGAUGCAAAAGACCUGCUCUGUAACCUCACUGGGGCCUCUGCCCCAGCUACCUGGCAGGGAGCACUGGGCUGUGACUACAAGCUGGGGCCAGGCUUCAGGCAGGAUGGGAGCUUCCCAGAAGGCAGUGAGGUGAAAAUGAGUGUCCACAACAGUCUGGAGCUGAGAAACUCCUCCAAUGUCCUGGGCAUCAUCCAAGGGUCUGUGGAGCCUGAUCGUUAUGUAAUCUAUGGAAACCAUCGGGACAGCUGGGUACAUGGAGCAGUGGACCCCAGCAGUGGUACCGCUGUCCUCCUGGAGAUCUCCCGGGUCCUGGGAACUUUGCUAAAGAAGGGCACUUGGAGACCCCGCAGAUCCAUCAUCUUUGCCAGCUGGGGGGCGGAGGAAUUCGGGCUCAUUGGCUCUACGGAAUUCACAGAGGAGUUCCUCAGCAAGCUACAGGAGCGCACAGUGGCCUACAUCAAUGUGGACAUCUCUGUGUUUGCCAAUGCUACCCUCCGGGCACAGGGGACACCCCCUGUACAAAGUGUGAUCUUUUCUGCCACCAAAGAGAUCAGUGCACCAGGUCCCAGUGGCCUCAGUAUCUAUGACAACUGGAUCCGAUAUACCAAUCGCAGUAGUUCAGUGUAUGGCCCCAUCCCCAGCAUGGGCACACUCGGUGCAGGCAGUGACUAUGCCUCAUUCAUCCACUUCCUGGGCAUCUCUUCCAUGGACCUUGCCUACACCUAUGACAGGAGCAAGACCUCAGCCAGGAUCUAUCCUACCUACCACACGGCUUUUGACACCUUUGAUUACAUGGAGAAGUUUCUGGACCCUGGUUUCAGCAGCCACCAAGCUGUGGCCCGGACUGCUGGGAAUGUUCUUCUAAGGCUCAGUGACAGCCUCUUCCUGCCUCUCAAUGUCAGUGACUACAAUGAGACACUACGCAGCUUCCUACAGGCUGCACAAGAGAAUCUCAGCAACCUACUACAGCAGCAUAAUAUCAGCCUGGGUCCCCUGGUGACAGCAGUGGAGAAGUUCGAGACAGCAGCUGCAGCCUUAAACCAGCACAUCUCAGCCCUGCAGAAGAACAACCCUGAUCCCUUGCAGGUACGGAUGGUCAAUGACCAGCUAAUGCUCUUGGAACGGGCAUUCCUGAACCCAAGGGCUUUCCCAGAGGAGCGAUACUAUAGUCACGUGCUCUGGGCACCCAACACGGCCUCCGUUGCUACAUUCCCAGGUCUGGCCAAUGCUUGUGCCAGGGCCCAGGAUGCCAACUCUGGAUCUGAAGCUUGGGCUGAAGUACAGAGGCAGCUUAGCAUUGUAGUAAUGGCCCUGGAAGGUGCAGCAGCCACCCUGGAGCCUGUGCAUGACUUCUGACCCUAGCUCUGCCUCUUGAGCUUUUCCUUUA